AUGUGGAAGAAAAUGAAACGCGUCGAGCGUCGUGGGACUCUGGAGCAGCAGCAACAGCAGCAGGUCGCGGCGCUGCAGGCCCAGCAGCAGCAGCACCAGCCGCGGGCAAACUCUCACGCCCAACUGCCCUCAUCACAGGGCUCGGACCGAUCGCUCAACCGCACAGACACGAUUCUGACGCAUCAGGCGUCGCAUAGUGCCCAGAGCUUCGCGAACGCACGGAACGACCGCGACAGAGACGACACCUCCGCGCAACACCACCGCUCCAACGCCGCGUCCGCGUCCGCCGCCGCCACUGCCAACGCCCAUGCGUCCUCGAACUCAAAGGCCCAGCGCCACGCACCGACACCGCCGCUGAUCGCGUCACUGCGUGAGCAGCAGGACGAUGAAGAGGAUGAAGAUGGGGAUUUGGAGCGCGAUCCUGAUCAGCUGCCCACGUCGAAUAUUGGGCGGGGCGGGUCGGCUGCUGCUGCUGCGAUGCACAGCGCGCGCUCGGACUCGCGGAAUGGGCGUGUGCGGGGAGGAAAGGGGAGCCCGUCUGGCGGGGUCGUUCCUGCCAAGCGGUCUGGGUUGCAUGGGUCCAUCUCACCGAGGGGCGAGACCGACGUGGAUGCGGACGCUGACGCAGAUGCUGAGGCCGAGGCCGACGCGGAGCUGUUGAAUGCUGUGGACGCUGCUGGGGAGGACGAUGAUUUGGACGGGGAGGGUGAUGGUGAUGGCGAGGGCGAUCCUGAAAAUGACGGGGACCCGGACGCUGAAUUGCUCGAGGCUGUUGAUGCGGCCGAGGCGAACUCGAAUGCUAGUUCUCAUGGUGGCGAACGCUUGUGGCUCAAAUCGGAAGCCUGA